GCCACUGCUUUUGGUGUUUUAGGUAUGAAGUUCUUGCCCAUGCCUAUUUCUGUUUCUUUAAAGGCAAAUGGUAUUUUUUGUGUGUGGCUCCGCCCAGUCUGAGUUUCCUGACUCAGAGCUUUUGGUGGGGGUGCAGAUACAUUUGCCUCACGGUAAAAGCAAAAGCAACAGCUCAAGUGGCCUCAUUGGAGAAAACCAGAGAACUCAACUUACUCAAGAGAAGGUCUUGUACGUGCCUAAGCUACAGAGCCUCCUGACGUGAGCAUGGCUGAGAGUGAGGACCGCUCUCUGAGGAUCGUUCUGGUAGGGAAAACUGGAAGUGGGAAAAGUGGGACAGCGAACACCAUCCUCGGAAAGAAAAUCUUUGAGUCUAAAAUUGCUGCCCAAGCUGUUACCAAGACCUGUCAAAAAGCAUCCCGGACCUGGCAGGGGAGAGACCUUCUCGUUGUUGACACGCCAGGGCUCUUUGACACCAAGGAGACCCUGGACACCACCUGCAGGGAAAUCAGCCGCUGCGUCCUCGCCUCCUGCCCAGGGCCCCAUGCUAUUGUCCUGGUUCUGCAGCUGGGUCGCUACACGGAGGAAGAGCAGAAAACCGUUGCAUUGAUCAAGGCGGUCUUUGGGAAGCUUGCCAUGAAGCACAUGGUCAUCUUGUUCACUCGCAAAGAAGAGUUGGAGGGCCAGAGUCUGGAUGACUUUAUAAUAGAAGCAGAUGUGAACUUAAAAAGCAUUUUAAAGGAGUGCGGAAACCGCUGCUGUGCCUUUAGCAACAGCAGCCAAACAAGUGAGGCAGAGAAGGAAGCUCAGGUGAAGGAGCUGGUGGAGCUGGUAGAGAAAAUGGUGCAGAGCAACAAAGGGGCUUACUUUUCCGACGCCAUAUACAAGGACACAGAGGAAAGGCUGCAACAACGGGAAGAGGCUCUAAGGAAAAUCUACACUGACCAAUUAAAAGAGGAAAUUAAACUAGUAGAAAAGGAAUAUGAGCAUAAAUCAGAGGAAGAAAAGGAGGAAAAAAUAAAAUUGCUAAAAAUGAAAUAUGAUGAAAGAAUUAAAAAUAUAAGGGAAGAAGCUGAGAAAAAUAUAUUUAUAGAUGUUUUAAAUAAGAUUUUGAAAAUGCUUUCAAAAAUAUGGCAUAUGUUUUGGUAGUAAUAUAAAUUUUAUUCUUUCUUCUUAAUUUACUAUGAUUUGUUAAUGUGAUGAAUCGUAUUUUCCAAAUAUAAUUACAAAAAUAUCUCCCUUUCCUUAGUUUUAAUUAAGGUUUCAUUGACAAAUAAAAAUUGAGUAUGUUUAGGGUGUAUAAUAUGAUGUUUUAAUAUAUGUAUAUGUACAUUGUGAAAUAAAUCAAGGUAAUUAACACAUCUAGCACCUCUUGGUUACUAUUUUCUUUGGUGUGGUGAGAACAUUUGAGGUCUAAUCUCUUAGCAAAUUUCAAAAAUGCAAUACAGUAUUAUUAAGUAUAGUCAUCACGCUGUAUGUUAGAUGUCCAGAGCUGAUUUAUCCUGCAUAACUAAAGUUUUUUUACCAACAGUUCUCCAUUUCCCCCAACCCCCAGUCCCUGGCAACCAACAUUCUAUUCUUUGCUUCUGUGAGUUGUAUUUUAUAAAAUUCCACGUGUAGGUGAGAUCAUGCAAUACCUGUCUUUCUGUGCUUAGCUUACUUUACUUAACAUAAUGUCCUCUGGGUUCAUUGAUACUGUUGCAAAAGACAAGAUUUAUUUCUUUUUCAAGGUUGAACAACGUUCCAUUAUUAAUAAAAUGUUAAUAAUGCACCACGUUUUCUUUAUCCA